AAUUCAAAGUGUGUGGCGGGUCGUUGAAGCCCGCACAGAAGAAGAAGGAACAACGCUUCUUUGUCGCAAUUUGGACCAAAAACUGCCGAAAAUGUCGAGCACACUGAAAGGAAUCACCCUGAAGGGCAGUGCGGAGCUGGUGGCGGAGUUUUUCUCUUUUGGCAUCAACAGCAUCCUGUACCAGCGGGGCAUCUACCCCCCGGAGACCUUCAGCAGGGUCACCCACUACGACAUGAGCCUGCAGCUCACCACCGACCCCAAGCUGAAGAACUACCUGACCAACGUGGUGUCCCAGCUCAAAGAGUGGCUGUUCGACUGCACGGUGCAGAAGCUGGUGCUGGUCAUCACCUGCCUGGAGACCAACGAGGUGCUGGAGCGGUGGCAGUUCGACAUCGAGUGCGACAAGUCGGCCAAGGAGAGCAGCGCCCCGAGGGAGAAGUCCAUCAAGACCAUCCAGGACGAGAUCCGCUCCGUCAUCAGGCAGAUCACGGCCACCGUCACCUUCCUGCCGCUGCUGGAGACGCCCUGCGCCUUCGACCUCCUGGUCUACACCGACAAAGACCUGGUGGUCCCCGACAAGUGGGAGGCGUCCGGCCCGCAGACCAUCGACCAGUCGGAGGAGGUGCGCCUGCGCUCCUUCACCACCUCCAUCCACAAGGUCAACAGCAUGGUGGCCUACAGGAAGACCGACUCGCUGUGAGGGAGCCCGGUCCCGGUCCCGGUCCCGGUCCUGGUCCCGGUCCCAGAUGUACAUACUUCCCUCCACUCGGUGUCUUUUCUCUGCCGUCUGUCUCAAGCUGUCUCCGUUUUAGAACAUAGUGCUUUAUAUAUGUGCAACUUUUUAAAGAAAAUAAACUUUCCUUAUUUCCCAGAAGGCCGCGGUUCGACUGGUUACUGAUCUGAGCUCACACAGUUUAGUCCUGAACAUAAAAUAAAACAUUCAUCCGUCCCAACAGGAAGUCACGACGCUGCAGAAUUCAGAGACUGGUUCAGUUUCAGUUCGUUGAUGAAAUUGAGCUGAUGUCUCAGCUGAUGUCUCUUAAUUUGAAAUCAAAUGAAAACUUUUUUUUGUAAUUCUUUCAAAAUAAAGUUAAUUGAUUAACCAGGACAUUAGACCAUCUCAUAACCCUGUGUGAUGUGCACAAAAGUCUUUUACAUAGCUGAAUUAAAAUUGGAAAGUAUUAGUGCUGUCAGUUUUAAUUGCAAUGAAAAUGUUUUUUUAAGUAGUGAUUAAUCAGUUGGCGUUAGA